AUGUCCAGUAUUAUUAUAGACAACUGCAACAAUACAUCACUUCCGCCCUUGUUGCUCCCGGCGGUGGUUCAUCAUGAUGAAAGAAACACAUAUCUUAACAAGCUGUCGGCAUCAAAUUUCAAGCAGGAUAAAUCGGUGUCCGGACUUAACCUCAUAUCCAAUUCUAGCUCAUGGUCCAAGCCAAGUGCUAAUUACACUACUUCUAAAACAGCGGUUCUACUGACACCACCAAACUCAAACAUUAAUAGCUCAACAGCAACGGCAAGUUCUUCGUUGGAUGACUUGGCAAGCCUAGCAUCUGUUGCCGCUGCCACCAACAACGUCGCCCUUCCAAAGGAUACUAUCGGCAGUAGCUAUAACAGUCAUCAGCAUCCUCUAAUACACGACUGUUUGCAGAGAAAACGCUCGAACUCUAGUGCUGAUGAAGAAUCUUUGGCUGCUCCAGUAGCGUUCAAGAAAAGAGGACGGAAAAACUCAAGAAAGAAUAGCAUGAGAAUGAGCAGUAACACUUCGUUCACUUUGAGUUCUGCUGUUUCUUCCAACACAACGUCAAGUACUACAUCACGCUCCUCUUCAAGAUCAAAGUCACCACUAUCAAGAGCUCAAUCUGUCUCAAAUUCACCAUCUUCUGUGGAAGAGGAUGCUGGAGUAACACGAGGCUUUGAUGAUAACCAACUACUGGCUAAUAUCUCAGGAGCUAAAGUUAUCACUUCCUCUAAGUGCAAAAGGCAAAGAACAGGACCAAGCUGCGAUGUUUGCAGGUCAAAGAAAAUUAAAUGCGAUGCCACCGUACUAGUCAUAUCACAAGACCCUUCACUGCUUUUCAAUUGCAAAGAAGAUGAAUCAUUACAUUGUCCUUUGUCAAUUGAUACUUGUAGACCAGAUAUAUUGAUGAAAAUCCCGACCGAGGUCAGGAAACAAUUAGCAGAACGCAAAGACAUGUCGCUGGUUAGACAUGUUGAUAAGUUGAUUGCUUUCAGCUCUUGUAGCUCAUGCCAAAAGAAAAAAGACCGUGAUUGUAGUUUUAGCAAAGGGUUCACUAGAAACGAUAUCGCCGUAUUUUCUACUUUGAACAAAAAACUGGGCAAACGAAAUUCUUUAGGAGAUUUCACAGUCAAGGACUACCUCAAUGUUGGUUAUUCACUGGAUUGA